AAUGAGGUCAAUGGAGGAUACCAAACAGUUUUCAGUGCCGAAAGACGUGAAAUUACACUGUGAAUUUAAUCAGUUAUGAGAAGGAGAGGUUACCAGGGAAAAUAAUGUCGAGUAGACUUAUUCCUGCAAUAUGUGCCUGGGGUUUGACCCUUGGAACUACUGCUCUCUUCUUUGUUUUUGUAUGUCCAGCCUUAGUAGACUUGUCCAUUUUGUACACAUUAGCAAUUCCAAUUUAUGAGGGGAUUCUUACCUUGUUUGUCAUACUCAACUUUGGACUUGCUACUUUUAUGGAUCCGGGAUAUUAUCCCAGAGCACAUGAAGAUGAAGUAAAAGAUGAUGAUUUUCGAGCACCCCUAUAUAAGCCUGUAGAAAUAAAUGGUAUAGCUGUGAGAAUGAAGUGGUGUACAACGUGUCAGUUCUACAGACCACCUAGGUGUUCUCAUUGUAGUGUGUGUAAUAAAUGUAUAGAGACAUUUGAUCACCAUUGUCCUUGGGUGAACAACUGUAUAGGGCGAAGGAACUACAGAUAUUUCUUCCUUUUCUUGUGUUCAUUAUGCAUUCACAUGAUUAGUGUAUUUUCAUUCUGCUUGCUUUAUGUGCUUAGACAUAAAGAUAAUUUGAAAACUGUUGGCAAUAUAGUAGCAUUAAUUGAUAUGAUAAUUAUUGGAUUACUAAUUUUCCCUGUGUCAGGGUUGACUGGAUUUCAUGUUGUGUUGGUUUCAAGGGGAAGAACUACGAAUGAACAGGUCACUGGAAGGUUUAAAGGAGGACACAAUCCUUUCACCAAGGGAUGUUGCUUGAACUGUAAAUAUACCUUAUGUGGUCCUGUGUGGCCGAAAUUAUCAUCUUAUGUGCCUAAACAUAGAACGCUGUCAAUAGAUGCUACAAAGGUGAAGUAUACAUCAGCCAAUAAGGAAAUUAAGUUGUACACAGAUGCUAGUACUAAUGGGGUGAAGAGAAACACGGCAGUGGUGAACCAGAACGCCCCUCGCACUCCACUUUUGUCGGAUCACCAAGACGACCUACAUAGCCAGGGAAGUAGCCAAUCGGAAGGCUCAGAAAUCCAUGAUAAUCGGAGGUCUGAUUCUUAUACAAAUCUUUUUGACACUUCACAGUCAAAGCCAGUUUCAUCAUCAUCAUCAAGCAAUUACCAAGCUGAUAGAACUUCUCGUGGACCACCUGUUAUUCAUCAGCCUUGUGUAGAACAGUCGCCCCAAAGGGGCAGACGGGGAAGAUUGCAGGAUGGAACAGCUCCCAUGGCUCUUCCAGAAGAAUCUCUCAUGGGGUCCCCUUCAAAAUAUACUCCCCCUCCCAGAAAUAUACUAAAUAGCCCUGGCACAGACAGGAGUCACAGUGGCCAAUCACGUCAAAUGACUAGAUCUUCACAACCUCAGUAUAGUUCCCGAGAAUCUCCGGGGUACAAUAAGCCCCAGUACUAUAGUCAACAGAAUGGACACAGGAGGGAGAGAGCGGCCAGUGCAGAGGGCUCUAUAGACAGUGUAGAUAGGAGACCCUUGAUGAACUCCUCUGUGUCCUCUGGAUACAACUCCAGAUCAUUUGACUCCUCCCCCCUAGGGAGAAGUCAGACACUACCAAACAAUCAGGGAGGGUUCUUUGAUGAGGAUCCAAGAACUGCUAAGAGACCUAUGUCUUUUGUAAAGGCACUGGAAGUGAGCCAGUUAGUUGAACAAAGCCAGCAGGGGAUUAAGAACUCUAAUGCACAAAGCAAAAAAUCUCCUGUGAAUGUACAGGGGUCACAUCACCACAAACAAAAGGGAAGACAUCGUGAAAGCAAGAAAAAGAAUCUGUAUAACGACACAAACUUCGAAGUUUCUGUUUAAAGAUGUGAUAUUUUUAUUAUUAUUUUAUGAUUCUUUUUUGUUCAGUGAAGAUGGCAGAAUGUAAAGCAGAUCAAUUUGCUGAUCGUGUGAACUAGUCCCAACACACCUCUUCUGUUGAAAGCCUUUAACAGAGCUGAAAUUGAGAAAUUGUAUUUUGUUGUUGAAUUCAUAUCACAUCCAUUUUAGAAGAGAACAAUUAUGUAUUUUACAAGGUGAUUUUUUUUAGAAUGUGAAUAUCAAGUGUUUGAAAGUGCUUCCUUUGUUUUCAAGCUCACAACAUUUCAUGUGGACCAAUGUGCAUUAUAUGCUCUUGUGGCAUCAGUAAAUAAAGAAAUUUUGAUUUUUUUUUUAAGAAAUGAAAACAAGAGUUCUAAAAUAAGAUCAUACCUUCAAAUUUUUACAUAAUAGGAUUAAAAAGAAACUCAUUUUUCUUAGAAUUUUAGUAUAAGUGCAUGAUUAAUAGAUUAUCCAUGGAUGCCUGUUUUUGUGUACUUUAAGGUCCACUAUAAUUUCCAAUAAAUAACCCCAUUUGGUCACUAGACAUUUUGGGGUGGUUAGGUGGGCUUGUUGCUUGAGAUAAAUAAAGGUUGUGUGCUGAGUUUAUUUUUGUAGACUUUUUCUUAAAUGUGAUAUCAAUUUUAAAUUCUAUGACAUGCAGUUUUAUUAAAAUAUGCUGUUUUAUUUUUUUAAGUUGGUGUUUUUAAAUAAGCGAUGACAAAUUUUCUAUAUGCCUGUAUUGCAUAUAUGGCUAAUAUAUGCUUUGAAACAUACCUAGCUGAAAUAAAAUAAACGUCCUUUAGGUUUUCAAUUUUUUUUUCCACAAGGUGUUUUAAUCUAAAGAUAUUUGUACUUUCCUUCUAUUUCCCAGCUUGACUAGAUUUAUCAUUUUUAACUUCAUUUAAGAAAUUUGAUAAUUAUAUGUAUUAUCGGGUAUCUGUCAUUUUUAAAUCAAGAAUUUUUUCAUAAUUCUCAUUCAAAUUUUUAAAGAACUUUUAAGCUUAAGAAUCUCAAAUGGAAUUUAAACACACACACACACACACACACACACACAAAAUCAAUGAUUUCGUGAUAAAUUCCAUAAUUUAUAUUUUUGCAGAAAAUUGGUUGAAAAAAGUAUUUUGCAAUCAUUGUCAACUGCUUUCUCUUUCUCUCUCUCUCUUCCACAAUUUGUAUACACUUUUAGCAUAUGACUAGACACUAUAGAUGUAUUUCACUACAAGUGAAUGUAUGUAUUGGAAUCAGUGUGCAAAGUAUUUUAUUGAUGCAUUGAUGUUAAGAAGGGAUAUUUCAUUUCUCUUUCUUUCAGUCACAACCAAGUAUAACUAUAUUGUAUUGUUUGUAACAUUUAAAUCAAUAACGUAAUAAGAAUGGAGGCAACAUAUCUGUAGCUACUGACAUGUUGGUAUCUUUUUGUAUAAAGUCAAUCUAAAGGUGCAGAAAAACAUACCACAAUACACUCUCUGUACAAAUUUAAUUGUGAUGUGACCAUGUAUCGCAGGUUGUGUAUAUGUAGACCAUUAAUGUGACAUACAUUUAUGAGAAAAUUAAAGAAAAUAUGAGUGGUAUCAGGGAAACUGCUUAAAACUGAAUGCUGUGUCUUCUAAGUGUUUUGUUUUCAAUCAUUAUGAAUUACAGGUUGAAUUAAGCCAAAAUAUGUUUGUACUUACUUGUUAAUUUCAUGUCUAUUUGGGGCCUAAGUAAAAUUUUUAUUGCCCAAAUCAUGCUUCAAUAGACAAAGGGUAUCUAUUGUGUAAGUACUAGUACUUGGUGUAUAUUGGCCAAUCUAGGUAACUCUACAUUCCUAUUUGUAGAAAAAUUAGUAGAUUUUAUAUAAUUUAAGUAAUGAAUUGUAUUUCAAAUAUUUAAUUUGAAAAUAAAUUCUAAUAGCAAUUGCCCUUUUUGAGGCACUAAAAUUCAGUAAGUUUAUCAAAUCUUUAUUGGUCAUUUUUGAUUACCAACAUCUUCUUUUAUAAACAGUUAAAAAAGUUAACUUGGAGAAACGAAAGAAUUCAAAACUUUUUUUUUCUUGAUAAAACAUAUUGGAGUAUGUUCUUAUUCAUUGCAAACAUUAGUGUGCUUGGACUAUUUAUUGGUGUUAAGCAGGCACACGUGUCAGUUGCUUGUUUUAUACUUUUAUCAAGGGUAUUAUCACAAUGUUGUUUUAUACAGAUGUAAUAUUAAAUAUAAAUGUAA